AUGGCUUCAUAUAUCUUUUACUCCUUGCUUAUCUUAAGUACAGUACUCCCGAAAGAGAGAAGUGCCAGCCAAGAUAAUGACGGGUGCACAGAAGCUAGAUGUGGGGAAAACGAGCCACCAAUCAGAUUCCCAUUCCGACUCGAAGGCAGGCAGCCGCCCCAUUGUGGCUUUCCUGGCUUCGAUCUCUCUUGUACUAAUUCCAGCCAAACCAUGCUUGAGCUGCCGAAUCUUCGGUUGAAAUUACUUGUAACAGAAAUAAACUAUCAAUCGCAGUCAUUGUGUACAUAUAAUAUUAAUCCCUAUAGCAUCAACAAAGAGAAUUUGAAAUUCCUCAAUCGUUUAGUUUCUCCUUUCCAAUUUUAUUAUGAGAGCAGUAUGCUAUUGAAAUGUUCUUUCAAUGAUACAGAUAACUGGAUGUUGGGUCCUCCAAUCCCUUUUCUAUCUGACUCCGGAUAUUUUGUUUACGCCGUUAGUAUUGAGUACUAUACCAAUUUCGAGUACUGGGACAGUAUAGUUUUGUGCAGCAGGAUGUUUAAUUUACCAGUCCCAUCAGCAAUAUUCCAACCUAGAGAAACGGUAGACUUGAGCUGGUCGGAACCAGAUUGCGAAUAUUGUGAAGCUGAAGGAAAGAAAUGCAAACUGACGACGAGGCUGCCUUACUGGAACAAUGAAACUGAAUGUUUCGACGAAACAAGGAAAGGUGGUCAUCGGUUCAAAUUUCCAUCAGUGACCGCAGUGAUACUGAUUCUUUGGUAA